UUUUUUUUUCUUUUUCCUUGUUUUUUGCCUUUUUUCUUUUGAAGGUUAACAAUCCAAAAAAAAAAAAUGACAGUAUCUACUACUUAUGCCUUCUCCUCUUCUUUACCGAAAACACCCAUAUCAACUACUAUGACAACACCAGCGUGUUUUAGCUCGAUCUUGUCCGUCACCAGCACCUCACAAUUGGCAGAAUUUUGUGCAAUGAUCGUACCGUGUAUUUGGGCAAGAUCGUUCAAGCAAAAGUCAUUGUUAAGUCCUAAACGCCAUGCAGCCUUCAAACUCUACGUGCAAAAAGUCUUGAAAGCAACGCAAAUAUCCUGUACCUGUUUAUUACUCGCCCUUUAUUAUGUUCAAAAAUUAAGAGCAGCGUAUCCUUCUAUACACGCCUCGAUUGGAUCAGAAGUGCGGCUCUUCACCACCGCGUUAGUGUUGGCCAAUAAAUUUCUCGAUGACAAUACAUUUACCAAUAAAACUUGGUCAGAAGUGUCUAGCAUUCCCAUCAACGAAUUAAACAUUAUGGAAAUGGAAUUCUUGUCUGCAUUACAGUAUAACAUUCAUGUCUCUUCCUCUACUUAUUUUGCUUGGACUUCUCAAUGUCAAUUAUGGUGGACGAGUCACUUAAUGCAACCCACAAUGCAGACGGGUUCUGUGCCACCACAAGUACUUGUAUUACCUCCUCAUCAUCAUUACCCUCCUUACCCAUCGCAACAACAACAACAACAACAACAACAACAACCAGCCACAUCAUUGAAACGUUCUUUUGAAGCAUCUUUCUCGUCUGAUACUAUAGACAAAAGUGAUGCAAAGAAACGUCAUGUCGAUACAAGCUAUUAUCCUUAUCCCACACCACCUUUACCACCUCUUUGCAAACCGAUUCUGAGCUGGUCCUCAACCACACUCUUAACGGGCAAUAUCACUCCUACCACUACUACCACAAUGAAUACUUACCACCAACAAACGAUUCCCGCUACUAUCACCGAUCAUCAGGUGUUCAUGCCAACGCCUCAAUCUUACAAUACGAUUCAUCCCGAUAUAUUCUAUAAUUCAUUAUCUUCAGCCAUCAUCACGCCUUCUACCAUUUAUACAACACAGUAAAUAGUUUUUUUCUCUUUCUUUAGAUUUUUUUUUAUUUUUAAUUCUCCGGCCUAUACUCAGUACAUGACAUGAAGCAUGUUACAGUACAUGUACAUAUAUACUACAUAUCAACCACUUAUUUAUUUUUAUUCAUAGUACAUAGUUUUCAUGAAAAAAAAAGAAAAAAGAAAAAGAAACCACAUUCUCCCUUCAUUUUUUUUUAAUUUUUUUCUGUAAAUAAAAUCGAUCUUCU